AUGUCGACGAAAAGAAAAAGUUCUAAACCCGACUCGCCUCCCAAACGGCAAGUUUCUCCAAAUAGCACACCAAACGCAGCUCUUGGAAUAUUUCUGGCCAUUGCUCGUAAAAUUCUUUUCAUAGAUGCUCGAAAAGUUGCUCUUUUCUACUUGGGAUUUGUCACUUUUCUCUCGUUUCUUGAAUCACGCAUCGAGCUGGAUUCUACCUACUACCUUGUUCAAAAGCACAGCAUUCUGAAUCAGUAUGGCGUUAAAAUGGGAUGGUUCUGGACUUUAGUCAUCGUCGGGCCGUUUAUCUGGUUUACCUCGAAAGCUCAUCAUCGCCGCGACCAGGACCAACCUAUCAUCGAUGUCUGUCGUUUAGGAGUCGGAACAGCUUGUUGGUACCUCUCCGUACAACUAUUCCACAAAAUUUAUGCGGCCACAUCGGUCUGUGACAAGGGACGGAGGUUGACGCGGGCACAGUGCUCCGAAAAUGAAGGUGUUUGGACUCCAGGAUACGAUAUCUCAGGCCAUUGCUUCUUGAUGAUCUACAGUAUUCUCAUUAUCACUGAAGAAGCUGUUGCUUUCCGUCACUAUCAACAAGUCACUGAUGCCGUGCCACAGAUGGAUGGAGAUCGCGAAGAACACGAUCGUCUCACUCGCUUGAUUCAAUACUUUUUCGUUGCCAUGCUCUGUCUACAUGCAUUCUGGUUCAAGCAAAUCAUUAUCUCUGUUCUUUACUAUCAUAUUUUUAUCGAAGAGAUUCUCGGAGCUGUGGUCGCCGUUGGUUGCUGGUUCGUGACCUAUCGUAUCAUCUACAAAUCCGGAUUUUUGAGCUCCCCCAUCAACCGGGCGGCAAGCAGAAGAUAA